AUAAUAAGGAUACUGGAUGAUUUUUAGCAAUAAUAAUAGUGUAUGGCACAAAUGGCAUUUAUAGUCCGUAUCUUAUAUUUUCUUAACCUUCUGGAUUAUUAGGCUUCUCUGACCCCAAUCUGCCUGUAACUCCAUUCCUCCAAAUUGCAGCACCUCACUGUAAUCUCUCAUCUACUCUUAAUCUGAGCACAUGGGGGGCAUAUAAGAGAGGCGCUCGCGUCCCGCAGAGCAGAUCUCACUCUCAGUCACUUUCUACUGAGGAGAAGGUCCACUCGAGCAAGCAUGAAUGGAACGGAAGGUCCGAACUUCUACGUGCCCAUGUCCAACAAGACGGGUGUGGUGCGGAGCCCGUUUGAGGAGCCGCAGUACUAUCUGGCAGAGCCGUGGAAGUACUCGCUCCUGGCGGCGUACAUGCUCUUCCUCAUCAUCACUUCGUUCCCCGUCAACUCCCUCACGCUCUACGUCACCGUGCAGCACAAGAAGCUGCGCACGCCGCUCAACUACAUCCUGCUCAAUCUGGCCGUGGCCGACCUGUUCAUGGUGGUGGGUGGCUUCACCGUCACCCUCUACACCGCCCUGCACGGGUACUUCGUCCUGGGGGUCACCGGCUGCAACAUCGAAGGCUUCUUCGCCACGCUGGGAGGGGAGAUCGCGCUGUGGUCUCUGGUGGUCUUGGCUGUCGAGCGUUAUAUUGUGGUGUGUAAGCCAAUGACAACAUUUCGUUUCGGAGAGAAGCACGCCAUCGUGGGAGUGGGCUUCACCUGGGUCAUGGCCCUCACCUGCUGCAUGCCGCCCCUGCUGGGCUGGUCCAGGUAUAUUCCAGAGGGAAUGCAGUGCUCCUGUGGGAUAGAUUACUACACCCCCAAACCUGAGAUCAACAACACCUCGUUUGUCAUCUACAUGUUCAUCCUGCACUUCUCCAUCCCUCUGCUCAUCAUCUUCUUCUGCUACAGUCGCCUUCUCUGCACUGUCCGUGCGGCCGCUGCCCAGCAGCAGGAGUCAGAGACGACCCAGAGGGCCGAACGGGAAGUGACACGUAUGGUGGUUGUCAUGGUGGUCUCGUUCUUAGUGUGCUGGGUGCCGUAUGCCAGCGUUGCCUGGUACAUCUUUGCUAAUCAGGGGGCGGAGUUUGGUCCUAUAGUGAUGACGAUACCUGCUUUCUUUGCUAAGAGUGCAGCGCUUUACAACCCUGUCAUCUACAUCAUACUCAACAGACAGUUCAGGAACUGCAUGCUCACUACGGUCUGCUGUGGAAAGAACCCGUUUGGUGAGGAGGAGACCAGCAUGACGGCCUCCAGUAAGACUCAGUCCUCGGUGGUCUCGUCCAGUCAGGUGGCUCCCGCCUGACCGACAGCUGGACAAAUCCACCCAGCAGCCUCCUACAGGCCAAAUACAUCACUCCACAUCAUCCAGUCUGCAACUACAUCUACUACUUCACUUUUUCUGCCCUUGAAUCUUACACAUUUUGUAAAAACUGACCAAUCAGAUCUCUAUAAUACUGCAGCAUGUGAUUGUGUUAAAUACUUGUAAUGUGUUUAGUAACUUGAUGGCAUUCCUAUGUAUUUAUCUCAACAUCUGUUCCAUUAGUUCUGCCUGAUAAUGCCGGAUAAUUAUGAUCCGUUAUGAUUUUGACCUUUUAACCUUAUGUUCUGAGUCCAUGUGAUGCUUCUUCAGAGUUUGAUGUUGACCAGGCAUGAGACUGAGUGCUGGAGGCAGAAGAGACCUCAGGAGAUUCAGCACACACCCAGCCAAACAGCUCUCUAAAUGUUUAGAUGUCAGUGUCGUCUGUGGAAGAAUUAUGAUUAAAGAUGUAAAUGUGUAAAGACAUGAAUUUGCCUGCAAAUU